AUGGGAGAGUCGCCGGAGAAGAAAUCAGGUUGCGGCAUUUUGAAUGCUGUGUUUGGAAAGAGCAGUUUUUGGCCAAGAAGAACAACUUCCACUGGCUCUCUUCCCGUCAGUGGUACUCAAUUUGUGAAAUCACCAAGUGGUAACUCUAGAAGGCGGCAUGGUAGCUCCGAUGAGGCAACAUUUCUUGAGAUAUCAUCAGCAAAUGGAUCAGAACCUGCAACAAAACCCGUCACAAAACCAUCUCAAUAUAGUAACAGAGCGCCCCCUAUACAGCCAUAUCAAAAUCAGGGUAGAUGUACUAAGCCACCUCAGGAAGCUGGAGCCAUGGUUUCAGGUUCAGGCCAAGGCCAACAAAGAGCUACGAAAAUGGCUCCGAGUCAAGGUUAUGUUAACCAAGGCAAAAGGGUUCCCAAGGACGCAGGUGGGUUGUCUGGUGAGCUUGAAAGCAUGAUUGCUGAUCACCAGAAAUCACAAGGAAGUAGCAUAUUCGUUAGAGCUUCAUCCAGCAACUUUAUGCUUACGGGUAACCUGGGUAACUUGAGAACAGGAGGUGGUGGUGGUGGAAAUGUGAACUCAAAUAAUGUGCUGGAUUACCUUCCAAAGACAGCAAGAGAAGAUACCCCCAUGAUGAUGAAUGGAAAUGUAGGAAAGAGUAGUGCUCCUAAGGAAGAGAAGAAAAAACAAAGUACGCAGCCUGCUUCAUUCUGUCGUGCAUUAUCAACCAGGAUGGACCCCGAGACACUGAAGAUUAUGGGCAAUGAGGAUUACAAGAACGGAAAUUUUGCAGAGGCUUUGUCUUUGUACGAUGCUGCGAUUUCUAUUGAUCCCAAUAAGGCUUCAUAUAGGAGCAAUAAGAGUGCUGCGUUAACUGCUCUUGGUCAAAUUCUUGACGCAGUUUUUGAGUGCAGAGAGGCCAUUCGGAUUGAACCUCAUUAUCAUAGGGCUCAUCGUCGCCUUGCAACCUUAUACAUUAGAUUAGGGGAAGCUGAAAAAGCUACGUAUCACUUUAAACAUGCUGGACCAGAAGCUGAUCAAGAGGACUUGGCUAAAGUGAGAAAUCUUCAGACUCAUCUGAACAAGUGCACAGAGGCUCGUAGGUUAAGAGAUUGGAACACCUUGAUCAAGGCAACUCAAAACGUUAUAGCAGCUGGUGCAGAUUCAGCACCACAGAUAUUUUCUCUGCAAGCCGAGGCCUUGCUGAAGGUCCAUAAGCACCAAGAAGCAGAUGAGGCUUUAUCCAGGGGUCCAAACUUUGAGGUGGAUGCUUGCACAAAAUACUUCGGUCCUAUUAGUAACGCGAGUAUGUUAGUAACAAGGGCUCAGGUUGACUUGUCUGCCGGCAGAAUCGACGAUGCAUUAGAGGCAAUUCAACGAGCAUCCCGUCUUGACUCAAACAACAAGGAGGCACUCGUGGUAAUGAGGAAGGCUAGAGCUGUUGCAGGAGCGCGAUCAAAGGGUAAUGAUCUUUUCAAGACAUCAAGAUUCUCAGAGGCUUGUGUUGCAUAUGGGGAGGGACUUGAGCAGGACCCUUAUAACUCGGUGUUGUUAUGCAACCGCGCGGCCUGUCGGUCCAAACUUGGCCAGUUUGACCAAGCAAUUGAGGACUGCACGGCUGCACUUAAUGUGCGUCCUUCUUACAGCAAGGCCAGGCUAAGAAGAGCAGACUGCCAUGCCAAGUUGGAAAAAUGGGAUGCUUCGAUACAAGACUACGAGAUUUUGCUUAAGCAAACACCAGAUGAUGAGGAGGUAAAUCGUGCUUUAUCCGAGGUGCGGACACAGCGCAAGAAACAGCGAGGUGAGGCAUAG